GCAAAAACAGAUACAUCAGCAGCGUCAGCAUGUUAUCCAGCAGAGUGUGGAGCGGGCCUCACCUGUGUAGCAACAUGAACAAAAUUACUCUAGCGAUUGUCAGUGUUAUUUUUAGGUGAAUAUAUUUUUACACACUGUGGGUGCAAAGGAAGUUGAUAAGAGGAUUGUUUACAAUUUUUAUUCCAUUGUUUAGAUGUUCAGAAGUCGUUGAAAUGUAGAGGAAUACUGUGUAAUAUAGACGUUUAUUCCUGAGUGAUUCUGGGUAAUCAAGUUGCGAGUUAACAGAUAUUAACGUUUGCACCACUUAGUUACUGGGAAAUGCAGACUGGGAAACGAAAGUCGGGUAUCAUCGUCACUAAGGUGGUUGUCGUGGUGAUAUUGUUGCUAAUCACGUGUCAGUACCUAGCGAACGCGCUGCUGUACAGGCACCCUCAGUUUCAACUGUUGGUGUUGAAGGUGUUCAGUGCUUCUCUGGUUGUGAGCCAUGAUCGGGAAGGCAGUAACAGCAGCAUGGCCCUUGUCCGGCAGAUGACCGGAAACAGUACCGGUAACGCCACGAUGGAGCUUUGUCCAGUAAUUCCACCAACGUUGAAGGGUCACGUUGAGGUAAAAAAGCAGAUUCCCUCAUGGACAUCCUUAAAGCGUCGACUAACGUCUCUUAGUCCCGGGGGGAAGUCGCGACCCACGGGAUGCACGGCGAGGACCCGCGUCGCCAUAGUGAUUCCGUACAGGGACCGGGAGAUCCAUUUGAAGAUAUUUCUCAAUAACAUUCACCCUUUCCUUCAGCGACAACAGCUCGACUAUGGGAUAUACAUCGUGGAAAUGGCCGCGAACACCACUUUUAACCGUGCGUUGUUAAUGAAUAUUGGGUACAUGGAGGCGCUGAGGGAGUACGACUACGACUGCUUCAUCUUCCACGACGUGGAUCUGAUUCCCGAGGACGACCGCAACCUAUACACGUGUCAACAUAGUCCGCGCCACAUGUCAGUAGCCAUUGACACCUUCGACUACAAGUUGCCGUACCCGCAGCUAUUCGGCGGUGUGACGGCGCUCUCACGGGAGCACUUCCGGCUUGUGAACGGCUUCUCCAACCUGUACUUCGGUUGGGGCGGCGAGGAUGACGACAUGUACAGAAGGGUUCUACUUGCGGGUCUCACGGUCACUCGGUACACGCCCUCCGUCGCCCGCUACAAGAUGCUCGUGCACGCCAAAGACAAGGAAAACGACGACAGGUUUAACAUCUUGAAGUCAGUGAGGGCUCGGCGACUUGUCGACGGUUUGAGCAGCCUUAAGUAUAGGGUCCUGGAACGGGAGUUACGGCCCCUCUACACGUGGAUCCUGGCCAGCGUGAAUGCCACAGAGAUAAUAAAUGACGAAUCAAUACACAAGCUCGUCCAACCGCCGAAGAAGCUGCCGCGGCACAACCCGGCAAGCAAACAGGGUCAAAACAUACGCAAACAGCAGAAAUCUGGACCAGUGAAAAGGAAAGCUCAACAAAAGCCUAAAGUUGUUAAGAAACCAGUAGUGAUAAAACAAAAUAAUGUUCAAAAGGAACCAACAAAUAAGUUAGCAAAAAAGCUAAUGGAUGCUGCAAAGAGAAAACUCUUGCAGAGAAAAUUGAAUCCUUCUGUAAUAAGCUGGGUUCCAAAUGAGUUUAAAGGGCAAUUACCAACUAACUUAAGUAAAGUAGAACCUUUACCAAUUAUCAAGAAAGUAAAAGUUCCGGCUAAAAAGAGCGAAAGCACUAACGAUAAAAAGUCUUCAAAUAAAAUACAACCUGAAAUAAAACCAGUCCGGGUAGAAGAAAAGACAAUGAAUCAUAGUGAAAAUUUUACGGAGAGACCAACUCCUUCAAAACAUACUGAAAGAGUGAACACUAGCAAUGCUUUACAUGCUGCUCAAAUUAAAGUUGCAAGAUCGAGUGGAGAGAUAAUGAAGAGCCUUCUUGAACAACGUCUAGAAUUGUACAGACAGCUUCAUUCUAGUCAUAAUGUAAGGUAGUGGGCAUGGUGUGAGCACAUUACAGGAAAUAACAAGCAGUGUUAAUGUGACUUUCACAAGCCUAUUGUGAUAUGUGGAUUUGGUUAGAGUUAUUAAGAUGUGAUAGCACUUCUUUAAGGUCACAUGUACAAGUUAGCAAGAAUAAAACACUGGGUGAUAGUGCUAUAGGUGUUCAGCUCUCACCUGGUGUGGGUUUGAUCACCUCCCGGGUGAGAGGGGUCUUGGCGCCAGAGGUAAUGUGUUCGAUCCACGCCAGGGUGAGAGUGGGCUCGAUGACAGCCGCUCACCAACGUGGUUGUAGAUUGGAUACCUACUAGGGGAGUUUUCUUACAGCCUCUCAGAAGAGACACCAGUACUGGUUUCUACCAAGCAAAGGGAUAUUGAUUUAUAUUAGCUUUCAGCUUCUUCACAAUCAAGCUUUAAUAAACUGGUAAAAUGAGAUUCAGAGUUGAAUAUUGGACGUUAAACGGUCAAGGCCGUCUUCAGUGAGGCACAGUGUUUGAUGCUAAAUGGUGGAUUUACUAGUUGGUAUCCAUUCUGAAAGGUGUAUGUACUGAUCCUUGUGAUUGGAAAGAAGCUAAUUGACAAUGCCAAAGGAGUUUGAUGCUCAAAGUUUAAUAUGUUCAACAAUUCUUAGUUGGUAACAGAAAAUGUGAACAAGAUUUUUAAGUAGGAUAUUUCAGUAAAAUGUGUUCAGGACUUCUGGGUGAAGUAAAUUGUGUUUAGGUUUUUAGUUGGUUUAUAGAUGACAUGUGUAAAGUUGUUUUAAGUUCGUAAAGUAAAAUGUGUUCCAAGUUAAGUACUGUACAAACGUUGCUAACACGAAAAUAGUAGUAUUUAAAAAAAAUGUUGUUUAAAAAGAAAUGAGUCAUGGACAUAUGGUAACGAAACGGUCGACGCUGUAGGUAAUUUUAUUUUGGAGUUUCACUAAAUUAUACUGGUAAUUUUAAAAUUAACACACAGGUUUCGAACGGAAAGGGAUUUAAAGCUACGAAUACAUUGUUAAGUAAACUUUUAACAAUAUGAUACCAUGCCAAAGGUAGAAUAACAGUUAUUUGAUGCUUUUGAUUCUCCCAUUGUUUAGUAUGGUUGUGAAUUAUGGGGCUUGUGUAAAUGCAAACAGUAAGAAAAUAUCGAUCAUAAACUUUGCCAAACUUUACUUCGUAUUAGACAAUCCGCUAGCAAUGUUGCCAAAUACGGCAAAACCUCUGUAUAUAAAUAUAAAUAUAUACGUUAGAGUAAUUAAGUUUUGGUUGAAGUUCUAUCAAACAUAUAUUAUUAAUGUAAGACUACCUAUGUAGAGUUGGAAAUAAUAAACCAAACUGAUUUGCCAAUAUUCAGCAAAUACUAGCAAGGUAUUGAAUUUUAGAACUUUACAAAAAUUGUUGCAACUGAAGAUGCUUAUGUUUUUAUUCCAUUGUGUAAACAAAGAGUAUUUUUUAUAUACAUCAUCAUCAUCAUCGUCGUCGUCAUCGUCGUCUUAAUCAUUGAAAUGUUAUUAAUUAUCUAGAAAAUAUGAGAAUAAAAUAGAACUUUC